AUGCCAGGAGCGGUGGAGUCGGCAGAGGCGGACGCGGCGGCGGCAGCUGCAGCAGCUGCUGCUGUGAGGCAUCGGCGGCCGACGGCGGCCGAGCGCCGGCGCAUGUACCGCGACCUGGCGCUGUCGCUGCGGUGCGGACUCCGCGACGCGGCCGCGGGGUUCUCGUUCCUGCGCCUGCGCGGCCUCCGCGCGCUCCUCCGCGCCCUGCGCUCCGUCGCCGACGCCGGCGCCGACGCGGGCCCCUUCCGCGACUCCCAGUCCAUCCGAGAUCUCCAAGGCAAGGUCCCCACGUCGUCACUGAUCCCGGUGCUGUUCGAGCACAGCCUGCGCAAGGCGGCGGCGACCGGGGCCGGGGACGCGGUGCUGACGGUGGCGCAGGUGCUGGGCAUGGAGCCCGCCGCGGCCAGGCUCAGGAACCCCGCCACGGACUCCGAGGUCGUGCUCGCGCUCAGGGUGCUCGAAGGCUGCUGCCUCCUCUGCCCGGCCUGCGCCGCCGCGGCGCACCGCUACAAUGCCGUCAAGGUAGUUCUGAAUAUACUGAUGACACGGGGCAUCCUUGAGCAAAGAGCAUGUCUGGACACUCUUUUAGCGUUGCUGGUGGAUUGUUCAGAAAACCUGACGGAUUUCAAAGAACAAGAUGGGCUAAAUAGCAUUGCUGCUAUUGUAAAAGAUGCAAAUAGGGACGACCAUGUAAGAUUAAAAUGUUCAGAGUUCCUGCUUCUUUACUCUGGAAACGCAAAAGAAAACUGUGUUGCAGAUUCCGAGUCUAAUAUGCAACAAGACUUGGAAAAAGCUUUUGGAGAAAAAUGUGCAUCAUUUAUCUGCUCAAUGAACCUAUUCAGCUCAACUCUAGAUUCACAAAUGAGGCAAUCUGAGCUGAACUUUCUUGCAGAGCAUGUGUUGGAUUACAUGUAG